CACCCCUAAUAACUGCAGCACAGGGCAUCUUUCUCCCCCUGGGGUCUCCCUGGGCAGACGCAGGGAGGAUCCUUGCCCUUAAGGGAAACACGGCUGCUGCGGAAGGAGAGCAGACAAACUACAGAUCCCAGCAUUCCCUAGCAGGCAGCACCUGCGGCAGUCCCUGCAUGCCAGGGGGGAUGAGGAUGUGGAUGGAGGGCGGGGAAGAGAUGAAGGGUGCUGUGGGGCUGCGCUGCAGCUGGGACCCACCCCCCAUUGAUGCCCAGGCCAAGUGGGUGAGGCUCAAUGUGGGGGGUACCGUCUUCCUUACCACCAGGCAGACCCUGUGCCGGGAGCAGAAAUCUUUCCUGUGUCGCUUGUGCCAGGGCGAGGAGCUGCAGUCGGACCGGGAUGAGACUGGUGCAUACCUUAUAGACCGGGACCCUACUUACUUUGGACCCAUCCUGAAUUUCCUCCGUCAUGGGAAGCUGGUCCUGGAUAAAGAUAUGGCUGAAGAGGGGGUCCUGGAAGAAGCAGAGUUCUAUAACAUUGGCCCUUUAAUCCGGAUAAUUAAGGAUCGACUGGAGGAGAAGGACUACACAGUGACGCAGGUGCCUCCUAAACAUGUCUACCGUGUGCUACAGUGCCAGGAAGAGGAGCUCACUCAAAUGGUUUCCACUAUGUCUGAUGGAUGGCGCUUUGAGCAGCUUGUGAACAUUGGCUCAUGUUACAACUACGGGAAUGAGGAUCAGACAGAGUUCCUGUGUGUGGUCUCCAAGGAACUGUGCAACUCUCCCAGUGGUCUGAGCUCUGAGUCCAGCCACAAAGCCAAGGUGAGACCAACUUCACUAUGGCCUUUCUCUUAUUGCUUAUGAAACAGUUUGCUCUAGUUCACCCCCUCUUCCUUUCUUCUCUCCACUGUGACCGUGGAGAACUCAGCAGUGAAAUAGGUGGUGAUAUACAGGGGCUUUAUGACAUCACACCACGACAUUAUACCAAUGGCCCAAAACAAGGAAUGUGUGUGUUCAAGUGGUGAUGCCUGGCUGUGUGUGCCAAAUAGCUUUAUCAAGUGAUCCUGGCACUUCUCAUGCUUCUCUAAAAUCCUCCUCAUACCUCCUCAUGACCAUGCUGUGUGAUUUUGCCAAGGUUUCUGCAGCAUUCUCAUUCUUUGUUGAGUCACAUCUACGUGAUAGGAGGUCACUUUCUCCCCUUUGAAGGGAAGGACAGGAAAAUGUGGUGUUGCAUGACAUCAUGUAGACACCUAGAUACAAGAAGGAGCACUAGAAACUGAUGGAAGCUGUUGGGCAGAGGGAUCACAACACUUGUAAGAACAACCCUUAUAUGUUGCUGUAUAAGAAAAGUCUCUUUGCCUCCUGACCCAGAACUGUCUUGGCUGUGGGGAAAGGUCCCUUUCUAUUUCAGCAUCAUGACCAUUGCUUUAUGCACUUGUGUAUCAGCAAGAACUUCCAUGGCUCAUCUGGCAAGUGUCUCCACUCUUUCUUCCCUUUGUCCUGCAUGCUGGCCUGCAGAGCGCAGAGGAGAACGUGGAGGAAGAAGAGCAGGAGAUGGAGGAGGAGGCAGAGGCAGAAGCAGAAGAGAAAGGUGCAGCAAAUCCUUGAGGAAAAAAAUAGACUAACCCCCAGGCAUAGAUUCAUCCACCUUUCUGGUGAGAACUCACAGCUAGCAGCAGGAAAGAACUAGGUGUGGGGUGGAGGGGACGUCCUCCCAGGGAGCAGGAGUCUAUCUGGAGAUAAAGCUCAUAGGGAGGUGUUGUUACCUUGGCUGCUGCUUUGUGUUUUUAACUGUUUGGUUUAUUUAUAUUUUUAUUUGCAGACUGUCCACGUACUGGACACUCCUUCCUCCUCCCCUCCAUCUCCAUCUCUGCACUGUCACCUGCCUGGGACACCCUACCCCAUUCCCCAGCCUCCAGCAUUCUCCCCUCUGCUCUCUUUGCCCCUCGCAGCCUUCUUCCAGCAGACCUGGUUCCCGUCUCCCCUUCCAAACCCAAGAUUCUGUUUGUUCCCUCCUCAGGGCCCCAUCUCUCUCUGCUCCUCACUUUUCCUACUCUGCAGGUAUGUUACCUAUAUGCACUCUCAGAUCCUGCCAGUUUGAGCUCUGCAUGAGUGACUCACAUCCUUCCCUCUUGUGGAUAAAGUCCUGGUUUGUAGAACUUGGGGACGGGGAAAAGCAGGGGGAGGUUGAGUCAUUUCUAAGGUGGCUUUUCUGAUUCUCAUCAUACAUGUGCCUUCACAAAGCCAAGCUGUUUUUACAGCUCUGGACUGGAGGCUCUGGAAGCAGCAGGGAAAGUGCAAUCAGGAGUAAGGAGGAGGGCAGGGAAGAAUGGGGAAGAAUGCAAAGCAGGCAAGGAUGGCACAGGGGAAUGCCUGCCGGGUGGCUGCCUGCCAUGCAUGCCACAUCACUUCUGAUUGCCAUCCAUUCUUGCAGCUCCUUUGCCCUGCCCUGCUCAUGCUUCCCUUGACAUUCCAGUGCCAGAGGGUGGUGAAGGUGUAGUGGAAGCUGUCGGUCCCUGCUCCAGAUGUUCCUACAGCUGUGCUUGAAAGGGGCCUCUGCUCUGCCUCCUACUGAGACAGGCUGCCCAUCUGCAGCUGAACAAAGAAAGCUUUCACAGGAGGACCCCUCUCUCUAGCUGGAAAACAGAUUUCUUGUUGAACUGGUGGUGCUCAGUGCCACUUUCCAUCCUAAUGGGGGGCACUUGUUAGCUGGAUGGCAUUUCUCACUUCCCGUGUUCAAGAGCCUCCUUGUUCGUGGCUAUGGGACCUGAGUGUUAUUCUCUCAAAAGGCAGUGUGUGUUAAUCACAGACUUUUCUCUUUUCACCCCACCCUCAAUCCUCUUC